AUGCUCGAUAAGUCCUCUCCGUCACUCCCGGCACAAUCUCCAUCACGACCACUCCCCAAAGCGCGCGAUGGAUAUUUUCAAUGUGGGUUCUGCAAGAAACACUACAAUCGAGCAGAUCACCUAAUUCGACAUGUCCGGUCGCAUACCCGCGAGAAACCAUAUGUUUGCCAUGUGUGUAACAAAGGCUUCGCCAGGCCGGAUCUGAUGAAGCGACAUGCUGCAGGCCAUGAUCAUCCGCGAGAUGGCAAGCGCAAACGUCCCCCGCAAUAUGCGAAGAGCGGUCGGGUCUCCCAGGCGUGCAAAGCAUGCGCCACGUCAAAGCUCAAAUGCGACGAGGAGAAACCCUGUCGACGUUGUCGGGACAAAAAGCUUAUUUGCGAUUGGCACGACGCGGGAUUCGAUGAGUUGACCCCUGGUUCUCCUAUGCAAGGGUACGAUGAUCCAGACAGCCAAAGCCAGUACCCCGAGCCCCCUCAACCGCAGACCGCAUUCUCGCCAUCAAUGCCUGCCAUGGGCGAUUUCCCAGCUACUAUAGAUAAUCCUCCAUUUGCGACUCCUGACUUUACUGUGAACAAUUAUUUGCCUGAUCCGCCCGACGCCGCUCCCGAAAAUCCUCCGACUACCAGUUAUGAUGCAAUAUCACCCGCGUUAGAUCAUGAAAGUGGUAUCUUCAGUGUCGAUGGAACCUUCUUCCCCGAGUUCAUUCCCGAUUCCCUCAUACCAUCCUUAUCCCGCCCGAACGAAUUCGACCCCCUGAAUUCCAUCAAUCCUACGCCAGACUACCGCCAUAACCUUCUCAAUACUAACAUGCAAUUUGAUUUCGAUCUGACUGAUGUCGACUUUGGCCUGAUCGACUACUUCAACUCCCAGGGACUAUCACACACUGCUCCACAGCCCCCUGAUGCACCCAAUGAUCGGUCCGAUGUGGAUAGUAGGAUUGCGCUUGGUGCGGAGGCCUACAAACGGUCAUCGCUGUCCGCCUGGAAACCUGCACAGCAUGACCAUGUCUUUGCUGACCAAGAUGAUUUAUCAGUCCCAGUGGUUAUGGACAGCCCAGGAUCGAGUAUUAGGGGCGAGCGCCAGAUCCUUCCUGAGAGACUCUCCUCGGGUAGUCGUGAUCUUAUAUUCGGAAUGGUCUUGCAGACGAGCGAGAAGACCGCGGUUCCGCGAAUAAUAAAAUCAUUUCCGAGCACUGAGCUUUUAGAUGGUCUCAUACAAGACUACUUCGCCUACCAAAGCCAUCAGCUUGAUCCUUUUAUUCAUGCUCCCACAUUCUACCCCAAUGAAGAGAGCUCCGACAUGCUAACAGCUCUUGCUGCCUCUGGUGCAGUCCGCUCGGCUAUCCCAACCAUCCGUAAGCUGGGCUACGCAUUGAUGGAAGUUGCACGCCUCCAGAUGUCGACUAAGUAUGAGUCAGAUAACCGCAUCACGCGCCACCUUCGGCCUUCGCAGACAUUCGCAGUCGUCAUUGACAUUGGUUUAUGGAGCGGCAAUGGUCGGAGGACAGAAAUAGCGGAAAGCUUCCAACAACCACUGGUGACGGUUCAGAUGCUUCGACGGGCAUUGCGUUUUCGCAGAACCAUCUAUACGACUAUUGUUCCAAGCCCUGAGGACAACGAGGAAGAACUGCAGAAGAAAUGGCACUCUUGGAUCGAGCAGGAAUCUUUCAGAAGACUCGUUCAUCAUCUAUUUUUACAUGACGCCCAAUGCGCGAUGAUGUUGAACGUCAGUCCACUCAUUUCGUACGCAGAGUUGGAGCUUCCGCUCCCAUCCAUUCGCGCACUAUGGGACGCCAAGUCAGCAGCAGCAUGGAGGGAUACCUACCUAGCCCUUGGAUUACUUUCAACCGAGCGACAGCCGUCCCUAGUCGAGGCAUUGCGGGACAUGUCCCGAUUACAAGGAGUUGUUGAUCUGCAACUGGCCGGUUGCAUCCUCCUACACGGCUUUUCGGCCAUGGUGAAUGAGUAUCACCGUUUUAGCUUUAUUUCCAAGGGAAAUCCCAAACAUUGGAAUGCAUUGGUAACCAACUCGCGACACCAGGAACUAUCUCAAGCUUUGCAGCACUUUCGCAUGAUUUGCUAUGAGUGGCCUAGCUUUCCCAUUCCUGAAGUUAUCUUAAUAUACGAGAUGAUCUCGAUGUUACUAUACAUGUCACUAGAGGAUCUACAGUUGUUUGCCGGGAAGGAAGACAAGAAUGAGGCACGGCGAGUUUACCACAGUGCGCUUGAUUGGAUCAGCAGCAUCGACUCGCGACGUGCAGUGUGGCAUGCCGGCCAAGUCAUACGGGCCGCCAAAGCCAUUCCCGCGGGGUCGCUAACUGGCUUCCUAGCAGUAGGUGUGUACUAUGCCAGUUUGGCCUUUUGGUCGUAUAGCGUGGUGCUCAAGGCAAAGAAUAAUAAACUGGCCUCGGAGAGCCGCCCAUUGGGUCCGCCUUCAACUAUCCGCGGCCCAACAGUCUAUCUAGAUGGAGACGAGACGACCGACGUGCAGAAAUUCAUCUCUCUCGGAUGUGGGAGUCCGGCAUUACAGGGUCGACAAGGUCCUGCGUUUGUCUCCGAUCCGGGGCAAACGAUGGAUGUCACUCAGGAGCUUCUGCGGGCAGAUGCUUCCCACGAUGCGCUUCCCCCAUUGGUUCAGGGGUUGUGCCAAUUGAUGAACGGUCUCGGUAAUGCUGCUAGAUCUACCACUUGA